UUUUCCUUUUUCGGUUUUUAUGUCUGACAAAUCUGAUUGUCCGAGGUGAAGGCUGUGUAAGCACUUUAUUUUUAAGAACACGUGUGCUUCUGUAAUUUUCCUGCUGAAAAUCGCAUGCGUCAGUAUUGCGACGGAUGAUGUAUGUAUGUGAUAAACUGAUAAUUAGAUCGUGUGAUGCAUAUUUUUCCACGCCGACGAAUAAUUUUACCGAAAAAAUAGACAUGUUUGGAUUGCAUGACCCGAAUAUGCUGACUAGGUAGUUUGCUGGCACGCGGUAUUCACGCCAAAUGACAAUGAAUAAUUGAGAAAUUUCCCUUUUGGCGCCGAAAGUGUCGCAUGCGUCCUUUACGGCAACAAAGCUUUCAAGCGCUCCCGCUUCUUUCGCCCCAUUAUUCCGGGAAAGUGGGAAAUGCAAAAGGAGCGGGUCUAAUCCGAACGAUAUGGUCAUAAGCGUCACUCUGUCGUGGCAGUUUUGUUCUAUCUCAGUAAUAACCAAUAACAACUGAUUUCAACGAUUCGCCGGUUGCUCUACUUGCCUGAAGGGCAGUUUCGAGGGAAGUGAACUGCUUUUGGCCUGCUUACUUGUUCAUGAGGCAUGGCCAGCGAGACAGAAACUACAGAAUAGCGUAUAGUGAUAGAAUUGUCCGAAACCGGUAUUGACAGACUUUUCUCGUUUCUGUCCAGUUACUUCUGAAGGUUGAUCUUGAUCCAUCCCGGCAGUUGCAACAGCACCACCUCGUGGUUCGCGAAUCGCGAUAUACACAUACAGUUUGUCGAGAUUCAAGUCUAUACUGCGGUACUUAUUAUAACACACAGGCCGCCGAAAUUUCAGUUCUAACGGUCGGAAAGUUUCUGGAAAAUCACCAGAUUUAGAAAUUAUCCCAGUUUGGCUGUGGUGUAUAAUGCGGGAGAAUGUCGGUUAUGGAGAGCAAGCCGGAUUAUUUUCUGAAUCCUCGCGAACUUGAUUAUGUGGAUUUGCUGUGCGCGAGGCAGUCCGUGGAUUCAGCCCCAUUUUUUCCAGUAUUUAUCCUCAGAUGACAGUAGAUUUUUCUAAUUCUUCUGAGAUUUUUAUACUUACUUAUUGAAGAGACAUUAUAUAUCUGUGUUGUUGGUGAUUUUCCCCGGCUGAGUGGACAACGUGUUAUCAAGUCGAGUGGUUUAUUAUAUAAACCUAUUGGAGUUCAUAUAAUUUCAAGGAAAUUUUUCGGUUCGGGAGAUGGCUGUGGGCGCGCAACAGUAUGUCGCAGUCCCGUUCGAUGAUGGAGCGCGACCUGUUCUGAACAGUCCUCCAGUAUUUGCAUCCAGUCCAAGAAUGACACCGUUACCAGAGAAUCCCGCCGCUAUUCCCUACGGCGUGCGCUUUAUUCGCCGUUUUAUUCCGCUGCCGGCGUGCUGUAGCCGUUUGGCCAUAUACCGCGCGAGUAUCCUUACUCUCACAUACAUAUUUUAUGUAUCCUAUCAUUUGGCACGUCGCCCCAUGGGGGUAGUCAAGAAUGUUCUGAAACAGAGUUGUGCCAACAUGACUCCGCCGCCGGAUCUCACGGAAUGCGAACUGCGGAAUGGGACAUGGUGUGCAUGGGAGCCAUUUGACAAAGACAGCCAAAAACUGUUCUCCGCUCUCGAUUUUACCUAUCGGUUUUCCUAUGCUGUGGGCAUGAUAUUUGCCGGUCAUAUUGCCGAACGUACUGACCUGCGGAUAUUCAUAACAUGGGGCAUGAUUUUGUCGGGCGCGUGGGCUAUCAUCAACGGAAUGGCGUAUUUCUGGAAGAUCCAUUUUUUCUCGUUUUUCCUAAUGGCGCAGUUAUUUGGAGGAAUAUUUCAAGGAACAGGUUGGCCCAGUGUCGUACCGUUGAUGGGUAACUGGUUUGGAAAACACCGGUUAGGUUUCAUCUUCGGCGUGUGGAAUUCCCAUACAUCCGUCGGGAAUAUUCUGGGCGCAGUCAUCGCCGGCGUUUGGGUGAACCAUGAAUGGGGCUACUCGUUCAUUGUGCCGGGAUUGAUAAUUGCUGCAUGUGGUGUCAUUGCUUAUCUUUUUGUGGUGGUCAAGCCGGAAGAUGUCGGCUUACCUGAACCAGAUCAUACCGAAGAUUCGCUUAAUACGACAACCAUUAGCGAGAUAUCAGACAUUUCUCUGAACGAUCACGGAAAAUUAGAGAAGGCUGCUGUAACUUUGGACGUUGUUAUGGAACCACCGCACGAAAAGAAGCCCAUCACUAUGAUGCACGCCAUUAAAAUUCCGGGCGUUAUUGAGUUUUCUCUGUGUUUAUUCUUUUCGAAAGCCGUUUACUAUACCUUCUUCUUUUGGCUCCCCGUGUACAUCAAAGAGACAUCCAACGGUGCCGUUGACAACCACGCAGCAGCCGAUCUGUCGGCGGUGUUCGAUGCCGGUGGGAUCAUCGGCGGAAUAUUAGCGGGUGCUUUGUCCGAUGCCACCGGCGGCAGUGCGACGGUCAGUGGAGCGAUGUUCAUUUUAGCGAUUCCGUCCCUGUACCUGAUGAUCUUGUACGUUAGCCAAGGAUUAACCAUACUGAUCGUGCUGCUGGUUAUUACCGGUUUGUUUGUCAACGGACCGUACGCGCUGAUAACCACUGCCGUGUCCACGGAUUUGGGUACGCGACCCAGUCUGACUAAGAACACUAAAGCGUUAGCCACGGUGGCGGGAGUUAUUGACGGAAUGGGAUCAUUGGGAUCUGCGUUCGGGCCGUUGGUAGCCGGGUUACUGUCCACCUAUGGAUGGCAGGCGGUAUUCUACUUCCUUAUUAUUGCUCAAGUAGUGGCUUUGUUGUGCUUGACCCGUCUGAUUUAUCGGGAAAUUGUGCACUGGUGUAGUAAAGGAAAAGCGGUGCGGAAAGACUCAAUAACAUCAAUCAAUGGAAUAGCCAACGACCAUUACCUGCCGCCAAAUCUAUCCGCCGCCGACGAUCCCAAAGAAGCAAAACGCUUGCAAGAAAGUGCAAAUGGAUUUGUGGUUAAUAUAAGAAGGAAUUCUAUCGGUUAAGAAUUUGUCCUUAAAGGUUGCUCGAUUGUUUAUGUUUUCUUCUUUUGCCUUGAUUUUCUGCUGUAAUUGUUAUGAUUAGCGACGGAUUUUAAAAUAAUUCCAUGCUUGGUGCGCUAAAAAUGUUCUUUGUUGUACGCUACGCGUACGUAUGGUUAUUUUAGCAAAUACUAUGCGUUAUACGAGUACGAUUUAAAAUUUUUUAUUGUAUCUGUACGAGUACUGUAUAAUUAUUACUACAAUUAUUACACUGUAACCCAUGA